AUGGCCUCGUUUCGAAAGGAAAUGCCCGUUUCGGGUCUUCUCAAAGACUCGACAACGGGCGAACCGAAGAAAUCCCGAGGCGAAUAUCGCAAGGAGAAGGAUCUCGAAGAAGAAAGAAAGGCCGGUACGGCUCCUGCUAUGGUGGACGUGGACACUGGACGGGACAUCAAUCCACAUAUUCCCCAAUUUAUCAGUCAGACGCCUUGGUAUGUGCCGUCGGAAGGGCCGACACUCAAGCACCAACGUCCGCAUCCCGAGCGUCAGUCCGAACUCUCUCAAGUCGACGAAUGGUAUCAACGCGGUACGACCGGUGUAGCGGCUACCAAAUUCCGAAAAGGAGCCUGUGAGAACUGCGGAGCUAUGACCCACAAGAAAAAGGAUUGUUUCGAGCGACCUCGCAAGAAGGAUGCAAAGCGUACUGGCCUCGACAUUGCGGCCGACGACUACCUCCAGCCGAAACUCGCUCUCGGUUUUGACGCAAAACGCGAUCGGUGGAACGGCUAUAACCCGGAAACCCACAAAGAAGUCGUCAAAGAAUUCGAGCAGCUCGAAGAAGCCAGGAAACUGAUCAGGGCUGAAAAGAUGAAAGAAGAAGCCGCUCUUGGAAUCGCAAAAGAAGAGGGAGAGGCUGAAGAAGAAGCCGGAGAACAUGUCGAACACGAUGAGGACAAAUACGCCGAGGACGCUGAUAUGGCUGGUGUGUCUGUCGACAUGGACAGUCGAACAAGAAUUACGGUCCGAAAUCUGCGCAUUCGAGAAGAUACCGCCAAAUAUCUAUACAACCUCAACGAAAACGGACCAUAUUAUGACCCGAAAUCACGUUCGAUGAGGGAAAAUCCUUUCCAGGGGCUAAAAGGAAAAGAGGCGGAAGCAGCAAAAUUCCAAGGCGAAAACUUCAUCCGAUACACGGGUGAAGUGACGGAGGCCAACGAGGCACAGCUUUUUGCCUGGCAAGCAAGAGCUCAGGGCAUUGAUGUGCACUGCAUCGCUGAACCGACGAAACUCGAGGCGCUCAAGAAGACGUACGAAAAGGAGAAAAGCUCUGUAAAAGACGACACAAAGCAGAUGUUAGUCGAGAAAUACGGUGGUGCCGAACACUUGGAAGCCCCUCCAAAAGAGCUACUUCUUGCCCAAUCCGAGCGUUACGUCGAAUACUCGGCAAAGGGCAAAGUGAUCAAAGGAGAAGAGCGGCCACUUGCUAAAAGUAUCUACGAGGAGGAUGUCUAUCCCGGCAACCAUACAACAGUCUGGGGUUCCUACUGGCAAGACGGGAAGUGGGGCUUCAGAUGCUGCCAUCAAUUUAUGAAGCAGGCAUAUUGCAUUCCGGUGAAGAAGAAGGACCCAAAGGCUGAAGAUGAAGAAACUAAAAUAGAGGUUGCGCCCCCACCUCCGGCCACCGUUGUGAAAACUUCCGAGCCCAAGCAAGAGAAAAAAGCAGAUGCUUCAUCAGCCAGUGAAGCCGAGGAAGAAGAAGCGAAAAAGGAGGCCGGAUCGGGCGAAGAAGAAGAAGAAGAGGUCGAAGAAGUCGAAGAGCUCGAUAGUGAAGCCGAACGGGAGCGACAACAAGAGAUCGCCGACGAAAAACGAAAGUUUGAGGACAAACAGAAGAAGCGAGAGCGAAAACGGGAGAAGAGAAAGAGAAAGAAGGAGCGUCAAAAUAAGGAAGGAGGCCGCAAGCGGAAACACAGCACUUCUGAUUCUGAUUCGGAUGCCUCGGAUUCCGAAGACAAGAAGAAGCGAGAACUGGAAAAGGCGCUCAAAGAAGAGAAGAAGAAACGAAAGAAGGCCCAGAAGGAAGAGGAACAGGAUGAGAGGAAACGCAAGUACAACUCGAAUUACGAGAUCAAAGCCCCGACAGAAGCCCAGGUCGAGGCGUUCAACCUCACACGAAUCCACUCGGCCGAUCCGAUGGCCAAAUUCAUGGAGGGAAAA